GGCAGUAAGUCGGAUCUAGGUCGACUAGGCAAUUAUACGAGGGAGUACUACUACCCUGAGCGCAGAGGUGGAAGACAACAUAAACAAAACGGUGACCAUGGCGACCAAGGAAUUGUUCUUAGACACAUUAGGAAGUAUUCUCAAAAUACCUCCUGCAGAUAUAGACACAACCAAGGACUAUUUCUCAAUGGGGGGUAACUCAAUCAAUGCGGCAAGAUUAGUUGUAACACUUAGGAAAAAAGGAGUCAAACUGGCGCUUAGCGAUUUUCUGGAUGCAAAAUCAUUGGAUGAUCUUUUUGCAAAAGUGAAGGUGAAUGACCCGCUCAAGAAAUUCUCAAAAAUCUAUGACGAAGAUGAAAAAUUUGCUUUGGUUGAUUUGGGUGAAUGCCCAGACCAUAAAGAAGCUAUCGACUUUCUCACAAAAUCGUUUUUCGAGAGAGACGCUCUGGUUAUAUGCUGCAAAACGACUUACGAACGCUUGAGAAAAGCAUUUGAGCUCAUGUGGGACUAUACUAUUAAAGUGAAUUACUCGAUCGGCGUCGUUGAGAAAUCAACCGGGAAAAUAGUGGCGGCGAAUCUGAAUUACGAUUAUGCAGUCUACGACAAGGAUUUUGAUUGGGUAGCGGCGUGGCCCGAAGAAGUCCUUCCGAUAUUCGCCGCUGUCGAAGUUCUAGAGGAGGAGCUCAAGGACGCUACGAUAAGAGCCAAGGAUGGGGCUUGGUUCUAUUCGUUCAUAUUUGGAACAAAAGACGCUUUGGACCACAGGGAAAAUCUUGCUGUUACCCAUCUAGUAUCUCGCUCUACCGAAAAAUUCGCAAAAGCAAAGAACUGCGUUGGACUUACCGUCAUUGAUACAAGCCCUGUCACUGGCGCUCUUGAUGAUGAAUAUGGAUAUACUGCACUUGGUAGUUUCCAACUGAACACAUUCGAUCUCGAGGGAAGAAAACCAUUCGCAGAAUGCGAGGACUUCCACGAAAUGAAAUUCUUUUACAAAUUCAUCGAAUGAGGACUUCUACCAUCGACAAGAUGAAAUUCUUAAAAAUUCAUCGAAUUGGGGAAAACUAGACGAAAUGUCAAAAAAUCAAUUACUGGCUCUUAUGGAGGUUUACGGAUUUAAGUCCUGGACUCAGUGUAAUGUGUGCUGAAUCAUUCCAUUAAAGGUGUUGUUUCCAAAUAUUUGCAUGGCCGCGCAGCGGAAAUGCACAUGAAAAACAUCGCUUUCAUGGAAUGAAAUUGACGACUGUUUAACAAGUGAUUUUGAAUGCAAUGAUUAGUGAUGAUAUAAUGCACUGCAGUUGUGUGAAAUACUGUGUUCGCCUUGGCUGGAUCAGCAACCAGCUUCCUGCCUCCUAGCAUAAUUAAAGCUUUUGUAACAUCUAUGCUUCAAAAUAAAUAAAGACAACACUAGAGAGAAGCUCAAAGGGAAUCGAUUAACGGG